UUUCUCAUAUAUUAAUGAUAUGAUCCUACUAAUUAAUUUCUCAUAUCUUAAGCUACGAGCCUGCUAGCAAAUUCCUAUAUAUAGGGGCCUUAUCUCACACAAAGUUCUCAUCAUCCAAAACACAUUAACAUCUACGACAUACAUUUAGUUAAGAGACAAAUCAACAAGAGUGAAAAUAAUGGCAAGUCCCAAAGCAAUAGGGGUUGCAUUGUUGGUUCUACUUCUUGUAGAUCUAUGCAUUGCAGCAAGAUCGCCAUUUGCCGCAGGAGGUGGAGGUGGUGGUGGUAGCGGUGGUGGAGGUGGUGGAGGGUCUAAUGGCUAUGGUUCCGGAUAUGGGUCAGGUUAUGGUUCUGGAAGUGGUAGUGGACACGGUGGUGCAGGAGUAGGAGGAUAUGGUAGUGGAGGAGGCGGAGGUGGAGGAGGAGGGGGAGGGGGAAGUAAAGGCGGUUCUGGAUCGGGAUAUGGGUCUGGUUAUGGAUCUGGAGAAGGGUCUGGAUAUGGUGGUGCACAUGGAGGUGCCUAUGGUAAAGGUGGAGGUGGAGGAGGAGGAAGUGGAGGAGGUGGGGGUUACGGAGGCUUAGGCUCAGGUUACGGUUCUGGAUAUGGAUCGGGAGAAGGUUCAGGUUAUGGUGGUGCACAUGGAGGUGCCUAUGGUAAAGGUGGAGGUGGGGGAGGAGGUAGUGGAGGAGGUGGGGGUAAUGGAGGCUUAGGCUCAGGUUCAGGUUAUGGUUCUGGAUAUGGAUCGGGAGAAGGUUCAGGUUAUGGUGGUAUACAUGGAGGUGCUUAUGGUAAAGGUGGAGGUGGGGGAGGAGGAAGUGGAGGAGGUGGGGGUAAGGGAGGCUUAGGCUCAGGUUAUGGUUCUGGAUAUGGAUCAGGAGAAGGUUCAGGUUAUGGUGGUAUACAUGGAGGUGCCUAUGGUAAAGGUGGAGGUGGGGGAGGAGGAAGUGGAGGAGGUGGGGGUAAUGGAGGCUUAGGCUCAGGUUAUGGUUCUGGAUAUGGAUCAGGAGAAGGUUCAGGUUACGGUGGUAUACAUGGAGGUGCCUAUGGUAAAGGUGGAGGUGGGGGAGGAGGAAGUGGAGGAGGUGGGGGUAAGGGAGGCUUAGGCUCAGGUUAUGGUUCUGGAUAUGGAUCAGGAGAAGGUUCAGGAUAUGGUGGUAUACAUGGAGGUGCCUAUGGUAAAGGUGGAGGUGGGGGAGGAGGAAGUGGAGGAGGUGGGGGUAAGGGAGGCUUAGGCUCAGGUUAUGGUUCUGGAUAUGGAUCAGGAGAAGGUUCAGGUUAUGGCGGUGCACAUGGAUGGGGGUACGGUAAGGGUGGAGGAGGUGGAGGUGGAAGUGGAGGUGGGGGAGGUAAUGGAGGUUUAGGUUCCGGAUAUGGGUCAGGAUAUGGUUCAGGAUCAGGCUAUGGAGGUGGUCGUGGUGGAGGUAACUAG